GUUUGUUUGUUACCUUUGAAACUGUCGUUUCGCAGCUUUACCAGAAAAUUCAGAGGGGCAGCAGCCAGAGGGCUAGAGCUUACAGAUUUGGUGCACACGCAGAGGUAGAGAAAGAAGAAGGAAUCAGAGCGCCAAAAUGGCGUCGUUUUUGCAGUCAUUUCUAGAUCCAAAGAAGAACUGGUUCGCCAAGCAGCACAUGAAAGCUCUCUCCAAACGCCUCCGCAAAUAUGGGCUGCGGUAUGACGAUCUUUACGAUCCGUAUUACGAGCUCGACGUGAAGGAGGCGCUUAAUCGGCUCCCCAGAGAGAUUAUUGACGCUCGUACCCAGCGUCUCAAGCGCGCAAUGGACCUUUCCAUGAAGCACGAGUACCUUCCCGAGGACCUUCAGGCAAUGCAAACCCCUUUCAGGAGCUACCUUCAAGAUAUGCUGUCUCUUGUGAAGAAGGAAAAAGCUGAACGUGAGGCCUUGGGAGCUUUGCCCCUCUAUCAGCGCACCAUUCCUUGAGACCUUCUUAGCGUUCAUUUGUAGCUUUUGCUCAUGGGAGUGAAUUCCUUGUUGAAAGUUUAGUUAUAUGUGGUAUAAUGUUACUCUAGCUGAAAAGCGAUGGAGUAUGUAUCUGCUUUAUAAAUUUCUUUUGCCAAUCAUUCGUGCCAGAGGUUGAAUCGUGUGAUUAUCCUGUACUGGCAGUUUUCUAAUAAUCAAGCAUAACCAAAAUUUUGUUUCAUUUCAUGCUUAACCACAAUAACGACAGUUUCUAUUAUGCUCGAUUUUUCCAA